GCCAGCGCUUAGCGGCCGCGCAGCCGCACUUGGCGGGCCGCGCGCCCCCCGCCUUGGCUGGGAUUGGCCCGCGGCGGGGGCGAGCCCGUCGCGUCACUCCUGUCCGUGGCGCUGACUGGUUGUGGAGCGGCUCGGGGAUGCCGGGGCGAGAAGUGGAGAUGCAUCCCGUACUGAAGGCCUUCAUCUGCGGCUCCAUCAGCGGCACCUGCUCCACGCUCCUUUUCCAGCCCCUCGACCUGCUGAAGACCCGCCUGCAGACUCUGCAGCCCCCCGCGGGCGGGUCCGGCCGCGUUGGGAUGGUGACGCUGCUCUUCAGGGUGGUUCGUACCGAGAGUCUUCUGGGGCUCUGGAAAGGUGUCUCGCCAUCUUUUGCAAGAUGCAUUCCUGGGGUUGGGAUUUACUUCAGCACUCUGUACACAAUGAAGCAAAAUCUUCUAGUGGACCGUUCACCCACAGCCCUGGAGUCUGUCUUUCUGGGUGCCACUGCACGUGCAAUAUCAGGGAUUUGCAUGUUGCCGGUAACUGUAGUGAAGACCCGGUAUGAGAGUGGAAGGUUUGGCUAUAGGAGUGUAUAUGCAGCUCUGAAGAAUAUUUACCAGACAGAAGGGGCUCGUGGCAUGUUCAGUGGGCUCACCGCAACACUGCUGCGGGAUGCACCAUUCUCUGGGAUCUACCUGAUGUUCUACACGCAGACCAAAAAACUCACACCUCAGGACCAGCUGGAUCCAGUGCUCAUGCCCUUGAUGAAUUUUGGCUGUGGGAUCUUUGCAGGAAUCUUGGCUUCACUGACAACACAGCCUGCUGAUGUCAUCAAAACACACAUGCAGCUAUCCCCUGAAAAGUACUGCAGGACAAGCCAGGCCAUUGCCUUCAUCUACAAGGACUUUGGGCUGGCCGGCUUUUUCCGAGGUGGAGUGCCCCGUGCCCUCAGGCGUACUUUGAUGGCAGCAAUGGCAUGGACUGUAUAUGAACAGAUGAUGGAAAAAAUGGGCUUGAAAUCUUGACUGACUUGCGCUAAAACUGAACAGCUUCACUCCUUUUCCUGCUUGCUGUGAUCAGCUGGCACUGGGCAGUUCCCAGUUGCACAGAGGAAUAAGCCUUACUCAGCUUAUUCAGCAGGGAGGAAGAAAGUCCUUCGGAGAGAGAGGAUUAAGCCUUUUGGCAAGUAGGGGAAACAAGAGUUGAAUCUUUGCUUCAUUUGAUCAAUUCAUUCCAGAAGGACUGUACUUGCAGGCUUCCUUGGGAAAUGGCAGGGCUUCUGCAGCCUGAUAUCUGUGCUUAGAGAAGCCUGUUUUAAAGCUAGCUCUGUGCUCACCACCUUAAUGCAAUGAGAAAUUGCUGAACAAAAAGUGUUUAAGGAGAUAACAGCAAGGGCAAUGCUGAUUGCAGAAUCUGCCAGCCUGUUCCUUGCUGGUCUGGCCAGUAAGGCCACUGUGAUCCACCGUCUGCUGUAGAUCCUCCUUCCUCAUACGCUUUGUUCUCACAGGGGAACACUGCAGACCACAUCAGGAGACUGGAUGUGUCUCUUGAGGUUUAUAAUGCAGGAGUGGGUGGAAGAGAAUGAAGUGCUGAAGGAAAGCUCUGUCAUCAUUUUUGUACUGUGCUUGAUAACAGAGAAGGUAACUAAAGCCUCCUUGCUGUGUCAUAUGCCACUGUGUAACUGAGUAUCUUAACACUUCAUAUAUGCUUCUGUGGCUACAGCAGCAUUUGCACUAGAAUUAAGAAGCAUAAGACACUUCAAAGCAAAAGUAGAGAGCAUGCUAGUUGCUACCAACAUUCUACUUGUUCCCUGAAAAACACUUUUCCUGAUGAUUGGUUACACCAGGAAUACUUUUUUUUUUUAAUCCAGUUGUACUAGAGACGUAUUUGCUUCCUAUUAUUUGUUUGAUCCCUGAUCUACAUUCUGCAUGAGCUGGUCCUUAGAUGUAGCUUUUAGGAUCACGGCUCCUAGCGCAUAAGUGAAUAAUGGAAGCAGAUACAGAUACGUACACUUCAGAUUUCUCUCAGAAGCCAUUACUGAUUGCAUGUGGAAUAUCUUUAGUUUGGGAAAGAAAAGGCUGUGUUUUUUUCUGCAAGCUUUUGCCAAAGUUUGAGGUGUCUGAGUGCUUGGUAGGGAACUUUUAAUUCUAUUUAUGUUCCACACAAACUCUGGGCAGAUUCUGAGAUUAUUGUUUUCUCUUAGCAGGUUCAUCUGUUCAUGUUUCAGUAUUCCUGAGUUUAAGCUUGGUGAUCAAGUACGCUUUUUUUCAUCAACUGUGCCUUUUUCCUCAUUUCUACUCCAGAGCUAAUAGCAUAUGCUUUCCAAUCUUAGGUACAGCCUGCUCCCCUCUUCACUUGUACUUUUAUGGGCUGGCUGAAUUUGCAGCUUUGCUGGUGUCGUCAAAAAGCUAGGCGUGGAAGUAUGUAUCCUGUUCUGUAGUGUACCUUGCAGAAAACAUAGCAUUGUUUUUUAUUAAAUAUCUAGUGGUGUUAAAAUUCACUUUAAAAACAGAGUAGGUGUCUCUAAAUAUGAAGAUGUGGCACACUUUACUUGUAUGAACUGGUUUGAUGUAUCGUUCUUAAUACUUAAAAUUCAACUUGCAUAAGCAGUGCCUGCUCUGGCAGUCUCCUGACCACAAGAACAGAGGGGAUGUGGGUUGUAAAAGAUGUUCUUCAAUAGAUUCCAGCCGCAAGAAGCUUUGAUGACUGACGUGAAAGUGAAGUCAAUGGAAAGUUUAAGGACGUGCUAGAUGCUUGGAAGGGGCUGCCUGUUUUUAGUCUUAGCCCAUUUUUGAGUGGGCUGGCACUACACUAUGCAUGAGUCUCCAAGAAUGCUGGUGAAGGGUCCUGAGUGCAUGUGUGCAUGUUAAGAAUAGAGCACUCCAUCAAAUCAUUCCUGUCAGUCAGAUUGUGAAGCUGGCAGAUUGUUAGGUGAGUGGCUGGAUCAUUUGCCAAAUCCUGAAUAAAAGCAGUUCCCCUUUUUGUAGUCCCUCUUACCCAUAGUGACUUGAACUCAAGUGCACGUGAAACAGUGGUGACUGCACAUGUUGCUGUUUGUUACCCUGAGUACUGCUGACAGAGCUGAAAAACCAAGUCUAGAUUACUGACCUGGCAGAGUCCUUUAUUCUGCUAUGCAUGGGGUCAAAGCCUGAAUUUAUUUGGGGUUUCCGAGUCUGGUGCGUUAGGUAGAUCUGUUGUUCACCUUGUGUUGUGGCAGUCAAGGGCUGCACGUGGGGUUGCCUGCAAGAUGUUUCACAAGUAUUUUAGCUGCUGAUUAAGCAAUUGCAAAGUAAUAUGCAGCUUGUGCAGAUAGAAGCUUAAUGAGGCAUGUGAGCAAAGAGUGCCAGGUGAUAAAUCUUGUAUUAAGUGAUGUCCUCAUCAGAAAUCUGAAAUGCAGGGCUGCUUUGGUGGCUUUUGUGCCCUAUAUUCCUGCCUGGUAAAGUAACAAAGGAGGAACUAGAGAAUCUAUGCAGACCUGCUGGGGUCUUAAAAUCUACUGCCCUAAAGAAGUAUUAGCUUUUUUUCUUUUGGAAAGCUCUUCUAUUCCCUUAACUUCAUAGAGAAUGAGGAGGCUCUUAGUUGCAGUGGAGUGAAAAGGUGUAUGUCUUUCACUUGUGAACUAGUUGGGGCUCCUUGGACCUCUACAAAUAGAGAAUCUAAACUGCACUGCACUUCAUCAACCCUUAGUGCUGCAAAUCCAAAGACUUCUCUACACACAAGCUGGGAAUAGUGAGUUUUGUGGUACAGGUUUGUUUGUUUUUAUUUCUUUUGUCACUUCCCUUACAUAUAGGGGAAGGGGAAGUUUGAAGUUCUUUCUACUUCAUGAUCUGAAAGCUGUAUCGGACAGAUACAAGUCUUUCUCAGCUCAUUUUUUCACCCUUUUCCUUUUUCAAAAAAAACCACACAUUGUUUCUAAACUGAUUAGUUGAAGUUUACUUUUCAAUAGUUGUGGUGAGUGUUUAGCUAUGCUGCUCCUGAGGUUGUAUGCUUCUAACAAACAAAAAAUGGUCACUGUACAACCUAAACACAAAAACCAAAGACAGUCCCAGAGGCAGGUAAUGAAUCACCUACCUCCAUCGCCCCAACAAUUCAGCACUAACAAUCCCAUUAGAUAAUCAUUUACAAAAUCUAAGCUAAGAUGGCUUUGGAGAAGGUGGUGUGAUAAAGUGUGAGCCUUUUUCUAUUAUGGCAAGAUCACAGUCAGAUCCCUCUCUGGGUGACCUCAGUUGCUGGCAAUGCACUCUUAGUGAGUGUGUGUUGGCUUUGUUUGCCCCUGCAACUGUGGUAUAAGAAUGCAACUGGCUAACACAUUGAGGCAGUCAGUAUUUAACUCUCUUGUAAAGACAAAAGAGAAAUAGCCUGGUUAUUUAUUUGUUUCAUGUUAUUUCUGUUCUGCCUGUGGUGGUCAUAUUUUUUUUCUCUUGUACUGUUUAAAACAGAACUGGAGGUUUUGAACAUUGUAUAGGUUUGAGUGUUUUGAGUGUAUGUCUACAAAAAAUAUUUGUGAUAAAGUAUAUAUUUCUAUUAAAAGCUGGGUUGCCAGAAUUAUCAAUGUCA